CGAUGUCGUCGCGUUUGAUAUGCAGUGCUCUGCUUCGGCCGCUUUUAUGCAAGACUCGUUUCUUUGCGUAUUCUGCGCUUCCAACAACAAAGCCACUGGGAGUUUGCCGGGGAUUUCGAUUCUUCGACGGUGCUGGUCGAUAUGGCCCCAGUCGCACCAAGACUUACUGCUAUACUACACCUCACAAAAAAUGCUCCUCUUCUGCCCAUUGCAUGUACUUUUGCUUUUCCUAUGUUUUUCCUUUCUCUUCAACAAACAAAAAUGGCAUAUUCACUCCAGUCUACGCUGCUUCCUAGAGCCAGAGACGGGAGUGGACGUGAGGAUGAGUUGAGUUGUUCGAACUUGACUGGUUUGGGUGGAGUGAGGGACAUGAGGUUGCUGCCUGUUAUGGCGAGGCGCUGAUCCCGAUUAUCGAGAGAUGAGAUGAGUGGUGGGAAUCUGAAUUGUAUUAAUAGAUUCUAGUGUGUUCAAUAAAGACUUCAUAAAAUAAUUGUGUGCUGU